AUAAUACAAAAUAAUUAUAAUGGAACGGUUUCCAACUCUAUCACUGAAAAACUUGAUUAUUCAAAGAGAGCCAUUAGCCGGGCUAAUGAUUUAAUGAAAGAUUUUAGCGAACCAUCCAAUUUAUUUGGAUUUAAACUUUUGGUCGAAGAUCCUACGUUAAAGUUUCCUGCAAAACUAUUGAUCAACGCACUUAAACUAUUAAGUGAUAUCUCUUUAUUUGAUUAUUAUACUGAAGAUAUCAUUGCACAUUUCGAAUUACAUCUUCGCACUUGGGUGACAACUCUUGAAAAAGUCAUCUAUUCGUCUAUUGUUUUGAAUCAAGAAUUUUAUGACAAACUUUAUAGUAGCUUAGUUAGCUUCAUUGAUAUUCAUUAUCAUAUAACUUUAUUUUUUAAGCAACAAGUCAAUCUCGAUAACGCUGGUGACGAUUAUUCAAAUUUUCAAAAUUAUAACAUUAAUUUCUUAUUAAUCCAUUUACGUGACUGUUUACACA